CUUAUUUACUUUGACCACAGCAUGCAAUGAUGUUUGCAAAUAUUUGACUGCAAGAAGAGAAACCAUGAACAGCCAAGGGACCGAGAAAGCUCCAAAGGCUAUUCAAGAGACCCUUGAUAAACUUAGAACUCCUUACCUGGACUUAUUUCUCAAUCACUGGCCCGGUGUUCUAUAUCUUAAUGAAGAUGACCCUCAAAAUAGAGAACUUCGCACAAAGAGCUGGAAAUGCAUGGAACAAGCCCAUCUAAAUGGCAAGUUAAAAGCGAUAGGCGUUUCAAAUUAUACGGUUAAGCAUCUAAAUGAAAUGUUGGACACUAAUAGCUCUUUCCAUUGUAAGGUCUUACCCGCCGUUAAUCAGGUCGAAUUCCGUCCCUACUUGUACCAAGAAGAAUUGCUGGAAUAUUACAACCAGAAGGGGAUACGUUUGGAAGCCUAUUCCUCUCUGGGAUCCCAAAAGAGCCAAAAUCUAUUGAAAGAUGAAAAAGUGGCCCUGAUAUCUAAAAACCACGGGAAAUCGGUUGCUCAGGUUUUACUCAGGUGGGCCAUUCAACACGAAAUUAUAAUCAUACCCAAGUCUUCUAAAGCUGACAGAGUCAAGGAUAAUAUCAAGAUAUUCGAUUUCGAAUUGAGUAGCCAAGAUAUGAAAACUUUGGACGGGUUGAACAAAAAUUUGAGAUAUAGUUGGGAUCCUAACAAUGUGUUCUGAUUUUUUUUUUAUCUUGUUUGAUAAAUCAAAUUAAUCAUGUUUUUUUUAAAAAAAAAAUUUAUAAAAAUUCUACAUUUUUUUUAAAUAGUAUAAAUACUAGGUGUAUGAAUAAGCUUAUAACGUUGAAACCGGUAAGAAUAAACUUAUAGAUUAUUAUUAAUAAUUUAAUUUAACUUUUCAGAACCAACUUUUUGAAUGCUUAAAAUAACUUUAUUAUACCCAUGGUUCCUUUUUGGGAACUUGAAGUCGACUUAAAAAAUAUUUGAUCGUUAUUUCUAUU